CUGGAAUAGCGACAGUGUGAUCCAGUAGCCAUGAAAGUGUGACAGACGGAAUAGCCCAUAGCAGCCACGUUGAAAUGCGCACCCCAUCAAUUCUGUCUCAACCUCUUUGGGCUUCUCCUCGCUCAGCAGCUGUCAGUGCUCCCUUUCCUACGCGUGUCAUGAGGCAUCUCGACCGCCUCCCCAUCCCAAACCUUCUCGCUUAUGUCUCCACAAACCCUCCUCCGCUAGACCCUCUCUAUGGUUCUGCUGCUGCUCGAAUCAGCACCGUCAAGGCUAUGCGAUCAGCAUGGAAGAUCCAGAGCUAGACUGGGAAACUCAAGAACAUGAAUCGGAAGGAAACAGUGGCAAGAGGUGUUGGGGCAUUGUGGACAAGGGACUGAGUCUGGGAAAGAAGAUUUUGGUCACAGGUGUGGUACUAUCCUCAGUUCCUUUUGUUCUUCCUCCACUACUUGUUAUUUCCACAAUUGGGUUUGCCUUCUCUGUCCCUUCUGGGCUCUUCUUGGCAAGCUAUGUUUGCACUGAGAAGCUCAUGGGUAAGUUGCUCUCAAGCACCACUCCACCUCCAUUACUUUUGGGGUUUGGAAUAUGGUCCAAUGAUGAGGAUGUUGAAGGCGCUGACAUAGAACAAGAUAUUGAUUAUGAAAGAGAGGAGGAAGAUCUACUUAGAGAUAUUAAAGGAGAGGUUGAGAGCAAGUUUGAAUUAAGUGAUAAUGAAAAUCAAAAGGUUGAUUAUGGAAAGGGAAGUGUUGGGGCAUAUGGAAAAGAAUUAUCAGAAGGUGCAGAUGAAAUUGUGGAGGAAAAUUGGCCAGGAGGAGAUAAUUUUGAGCGCUUAAAUGAUCAAGAUAAACCAUUGGAAGAGACAGGAGUAACAAUUAAUAGGAGACGAGAAGGGCAAGAAGAUGAACUGGUGGUGGAGCAAGUCAAGGAUGAGCAGCCUGUGAAUGUACUAAGUGAGGUAGAGGUGGUAAUUGAGGGAGAUGAGAAAAGUGAUAGCAAUGUUGUAGAAGAGGAGACACCUUUUGAGGUGACAAAAGUUGCUGUAGAGUUACAUCUGGGUGGUGACAUUGAAGAAGAUAAGGAAGUAGUUAGAGAGACAAGGGGGUUAUUAGAAAAACUGCAAGAUGAAGGUGACAGUGUGGAUGUAGCUAACAUUGUGGAAGAAGAGCCGAGACCUUUGGAAGAAAAGCAGACUGUGUUGCACGCAGAAAAGGCCGAUGAAAGUACUGCAAACAAUGAUAUUCUUGUGAAUGGUAAAAAGAAGAUCUUGCUAUUAUCAAAGGAAAAUGUAAGGGAAAUUGCUGAUGAAAGUGUGUUUGGCUUGCUUCAUGAAAAACAUGCCCCUGCACAGCCGUCCAAAAAAGAGGCUUAUAACGGCGCUGAAGGCCGUGAAGCUAUUGAUUCUGCAGAGCUUCCAUCUGCCACAGGGGAAGUUGAGAACAACCAUGGGGGAAAAACUUCAAAAAAGAACACCAGCAUGGUUUCCAAGGAACCUUACAGUGCCGAGGAGAUAUGGAAACAAAUCAAUGCCAUGCGCAUCAUAGUUGGCUACAAAGUUGCACCACAAGCAACAUACGUCGAGGAACUCAAAGCUCUUUAUGUAUUCAUAGGAGUUGAGCCACCUGCGUCGCUUGAAGAGCGUAGUGAUCUCAAGGGAGUAAAUGACAAGCUUCAGUAUCUCAAGUCCAUUGUUGGAGUAAAAUAAGAUUAGUUUGUGGUGGUCUUGUUUCUUGUAAUAUUUAGUAGAACUUUUUGUUCCCUUUUUCUUUCCGAAGAUGCUUGAAUCUUUUGUUUGUGCGUUACCAGAGAGAGUCAUAGGUGGUGGAACAUCAAAGAUAGUUGGUUUCAGUGAGUGGUUAUUCGUGUAUGAGAGAGCCUGAGGCAAAUUUUACU